UAUUCCAGGUCUGUAACACAUCAGGGUGACCUCCCAUUGGACAAUUGUCCUAUCACGCUCAUGAAACUGUGACGUAGGUUUGCUAUUCGGAACUCUCGGAUAUUCAUCAAGGUUCUAUUGAAGACCAAACCAACGGCUUUUAAGCGUAUAUAAAACCGGACGUAUUCAACACUGAACUCCCUGUUGAACCAAUACCGAAAUCACAAUGGUUUUUAAAUUGAUACUCCUACGCCAUGGCCAGAGCACCUGGAAUGAAAAGAACCUUUUCACAGGCUGGAAAGACGUCGGUAUCACUCAAAGCGGCCGCGUUGAAGCAAUUCAGGCUGGAGCGCUCCUGAAGAGACAUCAUCACCUGCCAGACCUGUGCCAUACCUCGCUACUGCGACGUGCAAUCACAUCAGGCAAUAUUGCCCUCGAUACAGCAGACCGACACUGGAUCCCGGUUACGAGAAGCUGGAGACUCAAUGAGCGCCACUACGGAGCAUUACAAGGCCUGAAUAAAAGGGCAACGGCAGAGAAAUACGGUGAUGAGCAGGUCAAGAUCUGGCGGCGCUCGUAUGAUAUCCAGCCACCACCAAUGUGCGAUGACGCCUACCAGAAGCAGAACGAGUACACAAGCGUGCAAUGUAUCCAAGCACCAAGAACAGAAUCAUUGAAAGACGUCGUGGCACGCGUGGAACCGUACUGGAAGGAGUGCAUCAUUCCUGACCUGAGAUCUGGCAAGACUGUGCUUGUUGCGGCUCAUGGUAAUUCACUCCGUGCACUGGUAAAGAUUAUCGAUGGUUUGGGGGAUGAAGAGGUUGUGGAGCUGAAUAUCCCUACAGGGACACCUAUUGUUUAUGAGCUCGAUGACAGUCUACGGCCUAUAGUGAAAGGUGGCAAGUGGCUUUAAGGGUAAUAAUUGUGAACUUGUUCUUUGUUGAUUCAAUUUAAAUACUUUCUAGUACAAAUCCGUAUGACUCGGGCUUAACCUUGACCAACAAAUCGUCCCUCACACCAGGUCCACAUGUCGCGCUACCAACACCAGCGACCCUUGGACUGAGGUUAAGAAGCGUAGCAUCUUCGCGAACAAGGUCGCAAGGAUGCUUUGCGUUCUCUAUAGUCUGAUCUGACAGACGCCCGCUAGUCCAGUUGAAGGUUGCGGCAUCGACCCUUGAAGCUCUGAUUCCGUGACCGUCGACAUUUACAAGUCGCACCCAACGAGUAUCCAUUCUGUUUCCAUUGCCUUGGGGCACAUCAUAUGGAACUUCAAGGUCAUCUACAGGCGAAGACCAAAUUCCAAUGGCUUGUGAGUGCUUCUUAUCGGGAUAAGACUCGCCUGGACCUCGACCGAACCACGAGGCUUGACUAAGACUCUUGGGCAAUCUGAUGUUUAAGCCAACCCGAGGGACGUCAACUGGGAAGACUCCCUUAGGAUUGAGGUCCAGCUUUAUCGAUAAUGCGCCCUUGGAGGAUAUGUGGUAGACGGUGUGAAUGUCAUAUCCCCAUCCCAAAACUGGAGGGGCGAAGUAUGUCCUGGUCUCGAUACUGACACCAGAGCCAUCAACCCCAUUCUCAACCUUGAAUGAUCUCAACUGAGAAGUCAUUCGAUGAACACCGUAGUCCUUCCAAACGCUGACAGCGCUGUCUUUAUCGUUGUCUGUCGGUGCGCGCCAAAAGCAUGGAUAAAUUGCUGCACGAGUGGCUGGAUCAGCUUCCAGCAGAUCCGAUCCGUGAGACCACUUGGUCACGUAGCCUCGCACGCGAUCAAAAUGAAUCUCCCAGUCCGAGCCAGCCACCUCCACCUUGGUUCGGGUUUCGGCGACCUUGACACUUCCGGAAGCUGACAGACUGGCUGGGAUACUGGGUUUUCUGUCGGCGGAGAUCUUGUGCUGGAACCAUGCUACUUCAUGUGAAGCUGGUGCCCAAGAGGUAGAUUCUUUGAGGGUAAAGGAGAGACUCAAAAACACUUCUUCGUCGUGACCCGAGUACUUAGUCAGGUCGGCGGGGAGAGCAAGCUCUACAGUAUCCCAGGGUCGGACGCUUGGAACUUCGAGAGUGCCCGACUCAAGCAAGGAGGGCCUAGUAACGCUUGAUUAGCUUGAUCUCACUAUAGCUGUACGUUUGCUUACUUGUCGCCAUACGCCUUGAUGGCAUACUUCGCCUCCAAAUGGUCAAGGCUGAUAAAGUCAUACUCAUUUGUGAUAAACACCUUGCCCUCUUCAAACUUGAAGUUGAUGGGCUGGAACACUCUCUUCAGCUCAAUCAGGCCUGGCGUCGGUUUGUGCUCGCUAUUACAGAGACCAUCCAUGACAAAGGUGGAAUCGUUGGGCUGGUCACCAAAGUCACCUCCAUAAGCAUAAUAGCCAUCCUUGUGCAAGAGACCGUGAUUCGCCCACUCCCAGAUGAAACCACCCUGAAGACGUUUAUACUUGCGGAAUGCAUCUUGGUAGUCAUCCAGACCGCCCGGGCCAUUACCCAUGGCGUGAGCGUAUUCGCAAAGAAUCACGGGCUUCUCCCACUGCCCGUCCUUGAUGCCGUCGAUCUCGACAUGUCUCUUGAGUCGAUCUUGGUCAGGAUACAUGUAAGAGUACAUAUCAGUUUCUUGUGCUUUGAUGUCGCCUUCGUAGUGAAUAAGUCGGUCGUCGAUACUUCGUGCAUACUCAAUCAUUGCGACGUGGUUGACACCGUAGAAAGACUCGUUACCAAGAGACCAUGAAAAGAUGCAAGGAUGGUUCUUGUCCCUCUGUACCAUCUGGACCAUCCUAUCGAGGUAGGACUCGCGCCAUUCGGGAUUAUCUGAGGUGAACUGCGCUGCCUUAGGGAAGAACUCCUCCUUGCUUCCUUCAUAAUCCAGAUAUGGCGCAGGCGUGACGUGCUGGGUGACAACAUCAUAGAACCCAUGACACUCCAGGUCAGCCUCGUCCAUGACCCAGAAUCCCAACUCGUCAGCCAAGUCGUACAGCCAGGGUUGGCCAGGAUAAUGACUUGUUCGGAGGGCAUUGAUGUUGUGCUGUUUCAUGAGCAACAGAUCUUGUUUGAGAAAUUCAUAUGGGACAGCCCUUCCGUGGAUUGGAUGGUGGUCAUGUCUGUUCGUGCCCCGAAGAAGGAUCGUUGAGCCGUUGACAGUGAUGAGACCGUCUUUCAGUUCGACCUUGCGGAAGCCAACUUUCUGCGUAAUAGUCUGAAUUGACUCUCCUCCUUGUGUCUCGAGAGAGAUCUCGAGCUGGUAGAGGUAAGGGCUUUCAGCAGUCCACUUCUUUGGGCUCGAAACAGGCACUUCGAAAUUCGUCUUGCUGGCAUCAACUGUCUUGCGUGUUGAGGUCACUUCGACACCAGCAUCUCGAAGAAUGAGCACAAUAUCAAGCGAUGAUGUUUCAAGCUUAUUCAGGGUGACAUCGACUUGGAGAACAGCAUUUUCAUAGUUCUCAUCAAGGUUUGUCUUGACAAAGAAGUCUUCAAUUCUCGAUUUUCCAGGGAGUGCCAGCAAAGUCACAUCGCGGAAGAUACCUGACAGCCACCACUGGUCUUGGUCUUCGAUGUAUGACGCCUCGCACCAUUGAUAGACUCUCACUAUCAAUUCGUUGUCACCAUCCUUCUUGGCGAUGUCUGUGAUGUCGAACUCGGCAGCAUUGCGACUCCCUUGCGAAUAUCCGACAAAAGAGCCAUUCAGCCAGACGUGAUACGCGCUGUCAACACCAUCAAACCGCAGUCUGAGCUGAGAUGUGCUGUCCCAUUCAGUAGGAAUUUUGAAGUGACGUCGAUAGGUCCCUGUGGGGUUCUCAGUUGGUAUGUAAGGAGGGUUUGACGGAAACGGAAAUUGGACAUUGGUGUAGUGAGGGUGGCCAUGUCCUUGCAAUUGCCAAUGACCGGGAACAUUGAUCGGGGACCAAGUCUCUUCAGAUCUCUCAUCCUUUGGGGGACAUUCCGAAGCUUCCAAGGGCGUUGGGGAAUAUUGGAAAUCCCAGGUUCCAUUGAGCAGCAGAUGCGUAGAAGGUAGCCAGUAGGCUCUGGCAGGAAGCCUAUUCCUCUGUAUCACCUCGAGAUUUUCGUAAUCUGGCUUGUCCAUGGUCGAAUGCAUAGUACACAAUGACCCUUGGUGAGAUGAGAACCAGGCCUUGGUUGUAUGAGCGUUGUGAAGCAAUGGAGUUAUAGGCACGCUAAUAAAACCAGGGAUCUGUCUUUGGUGAUGACACUUGGUGGACUCAUUGAGGGGACGAUAAGAUGAAAGACCCCACUUUCGCCGAAAAAAGCCGGGGAGCCGACCCUCUAAAACAAUGAAUGACUCGGGUAAGUGCGAGAAACCCCUCAUCUGUAAAGCUAAGCUAGCAUAAACACUACAGGUUAAGUGAGCGGGUUUUUAGAAAACCAGUACGAUAAGAAUCUAACAUCGGGGUGCUUUAUGAGCAAUUUGUAAACAAGAGUAAUUGCCAGGAAAUAGUCGAUUACAAAAGCUUGAGUUAAUUAGAAUUCUAAGUAUAUGGGCUCAAUGCACCUCUAUGGUAUACGACGUGCUUCACAUUAGAGUAACAGAAUGCUUGCUGCUUAAUACCCAU